AUGGAUCGCAAGAUCAAGGAAAUUCAAGGCUACGAGGACCUCAGCGAAAUUAAGAAUUACUUUGCCUCCAUCAACACGGUCUACGUCCCCACAGCCCAGAGAGCCACGGCGUUUCUCGGCUCCGAUGUAACAACAUCCAACACGGAGAAAUCGCAAAUUAUGAGGCGUCGGGUUAAGCACCUAAGAACUGCCUUUGACAGUCCGUCCACGAUCUCCAACGCCACUAUCAAAUGCCCCCCCCCCAGGUGGAGAUUAACAAUGCCUUGGAAGUUACGCUUUCCAUCCCAGAAAUAAUCAUGGUCGUGGAACAGUUCCCCUUUGAGAAAGUUCCGGGAUCUUGCGCAAUCCCGGCCAAAGUCUACAGGAACGGCGGCCCCGGUUUUUUGAAAAACUUACGACGAUAUUCCAGUAGGUGUAGCUUCAGAGAUGUGUUCUUCAGGAUUUCAAGGAUGCGGCAGUCGCCAUAUUUACAAGUGGAAAGGUAACCAGCAAGUCUGUGAUAAUCACAGGAGAAUCUACUGCUCGGCAAUACUGGGAAGACCUUCGACCACAUCCUUCCCAGUCGUCUCAUCGGCCAUGCUAUACACAGAGUUCUUCUGGAAUGCCAGUAUGGCGUCCGAUGACAUCAUGGAACCACCGACACGCUCUUUGCAGCUCGCCAACCACAAGAGAAAAGACAGGAAAUGCGGACCUACUCUUACGCUACCCUCCAGGACUUAAUAAAAGCUUCUAACAUGGUGAAUCGCGAUGGGCUCUGGAGAGUCCUGAGGAAAUUCGAUUAUCCUAAGUUAUUCACGCCAGCUCCACGACGAGAUGAUACUGUGCGUCACAGGUAAUGGGACACCUCACAAACCCUCGCAGUAACGAACAGAGUAAAGCAGGGCUGUGUGCUUGCUCUCACCUUCUUCAAUAUCGUGUCAUGAUGAACGUCAACCCUAAUCAGCGCCCCGCGAUCAGCACCGUCUACAGGACCGACAGCUGGCUUCUUGACACCCGCAGAAUGUAAGCAUGCACGCGGACUUCAACAACCACCGUCAAUGAACUCCUCUUCACGGACGAAUGUGCACCCAAUCUCAUGACAUAAUCAAACAUUCAAAGGAGAGUUUACCCUUUCAACUUCCGCUGUGUUAGCUUCGGGUGACCAUAAACAUGGACAGAACGGUGGUCAUGCACCAAUCAGAACCAAUCGAGGAACACAAUAUCCCCAACAUCAUCAUGAAUAGAACCGGACUCGCAAAUGUGGACAAGCUCACCUACUUAGGCAGUACACUCAUGCAGCAUUAAAACAGGUGGCGAGGUUGCCCACCAGAUCUUGCAAACCAGCCAGGUUUUCGGUCGGCUGCAGGCUUCUGCCUGGAACCGCUACAGAUUUCGACUCAAAAAAAACCUCAAAAUGCGGAGAGUGACAGUCCUGACGAUGAUACUGUACUGAGUGGAAACGUAGACCGUCUGCACCAAUCAAUCCAGGGAACACAAUUAUUUCCACCGCAGUUGUGUCUGCCAAAUACCGAAGAUGAGAUGGUAGGACAGGAUUCCGACACAAAAUUUCAGGAUCCAGCUAAAAUCCUCAACAUCAACUCCCGGUUGUGGUAACUGCGGAGGGGUUGACAGCUUGCAAGAACGGACUACGAGUGCUUGCCUAAGCAACUCUUCUGGGGAGACACUGCUGUGUUUGUGUGCCUUCCUACAAAUCACUCCGGCGACCUAGGACGAUCUCACCUAGGACCGACUAGACUGGAGAGAAGCACUGAAGACUGUAGCCGCAAUCUUCAAAACCAACCGGAUCACCACUGCCAAAGUCAAAGGAGCAGCUUGCGAGUUUGCAGUUCUGCAGACUCCUACUCAAACAGUGCAUCCUUUCCGUCGUGUCCACGCUGUUAACGAACAUUUGACACACGCAUCGGUCUCGUCGAACACCUCAGAACUCAGUGUAACAAUGACAAUUUUAACCCAUCUCCUGCCGCCGCAGACGCCUCAGUCGUCAGCCCUACCGCAGCUCCUACGAGACCCAUGAUCGCAACCAUCAACACUGUCACAACCUCCCUGACGUUGACUACCACUCCUCCCACUCGCACCAGCGGUGAGAGCACUCCUGAUGCCCCGACAAUCACCAACAAUGUGGACACCACCACAAACUUUCCUCACUGCGACUGCAACCUUACAUCACAUAUCGGCCUUAUCGGUCAAUUGCGAAUCCAUUGA